UCACAGAGAACUCUCUCUCACUUCACCUUCAGACUGUACUUCCAGAAAUUGCUGUGUCUCUGCCUCUGUCUCUGUCUGUGUCUCCCUCUCUCCACUCCUUAAAUAACCCUGACUCCAUCCUAGCACUUUCUCAAACCAAAAAAAAAUCUAGGGUUUCAAUUCCACUACCUCUCUCAUUCAGCUCAAUUUCACAGACUUUCUUAAUUAUGUUUGUGUAUGUAUUUUGAAUGAGUUGCUGAAAUGGAUCCUCCGAUAAUCAACGAGGCUUCGUUCUCGGCAGCAAACCCUUCGUCGUACAGUUUAGCUGAGAUUUGGCCGUUUCCGAUCAAUGGCGAGCUGAGCCGUGGAGGAGGAGGGUUAGGGUUGAGGAUGUGUAACUUCGGCGCAUUCGCAGAGGCCAACUCGAACCGUGACGUCUCCGUUGACGAAUCGACGGUUACGGAGCAGAGCGGCGGCGGGAGGAAGCGGAGGGAUGCGAAUUCGGAGGAGGAUGAGUCAUCGAAGCUCGUGUCCACCAGUAGUGCCAAGGAUUUGAAGAAUUCAAAUGGUAAACGAAUGAAAAUAUCCAGAUCAAGAGAUGAAAAUGGUGGCUCAAAAUCUGAAGUUGAAGCAAAUUCUGGGCUGGAGAACAAACCUGCUGAGCAAAGCACAAAACCUUCUGAGCCUCCUAAGCAAGAUUAUAUCCAUGUCAGAGCUAGAAGGGGUCAAGCUACUGAUAGCCACAGUUUAGCAGAGAGAGCUAGGAGAGAAAAGAUCAGUGAGAGGAUGAAGGUUCUGCAAGACUUGGUCCCUGGAUGUAAUAAGGUUAUUGGGAAAGCACUUGUCCUUGAUGAGAUUAUAAAUUACAUCCAGUCACUGCAGCACCAGGUUGAGUUCUUGUCAAUGAAGCUUGAGGCAGUCAAUUCAAGGAUGAACUCCCCUAUUGAGGGAUUUCCUUCUAAAGAUCUAGGGGCAGCAACAUUUGACUCGACUGGAAUGCUUUUUGGAUCACAAGCAACAAGGGAAUAUAUGCAAGGAUCGCAACCUGAAUGGCUUCACAUGCAGGUUGGUAGUAGCUUUGACAGAGAAACAUGAUAUGAAAACUAGGGAAUCAAGCAGCAUAUUAGUCAUCCAUUUCACUCAUCAUCUUUAAUCAAAGAUGAGUUAUAUUAUUGGUUUCCACAUCAUAGUGCAGUGAGUUCUUUUUCUACCUAUGUCCCAUUCUUAAAUUUGUAAUCAGAAGAAAUACCAUAUUUUGUGUAGAAAAUUGCUGUCUUCAUUCUGUAACCAUCUAACUUAUUAAUUUACUGUAAUUCAUUGUAUUGGUUCUGAACAGUUUGUUAGGGUGAUUGUAGUACUUGAAAUUUAUAUAAUCGGAGGACUGUUUCCUAA